CCUUUCACUCUCACUCUGACAGUCUGCAGUUCAAUAUGUUGCCUGAGCAAUGCUGCGCACCACAGUGGAAGCCAUCCUGCCGGUGUACCGGCCGCGCACCACAACCCGAGCAUCAGUGCUCCAUUUGAAGGACCUGUGUGAAGAGGAGCGCGACCCUCACAAACCCCAGCCACUGCCGAACAGAGAGGAACACAACGCCAGCUCCAUGUGGAGGGAGGCCAUGCGUAAGAGGAGCUACUUGCUGGAGAGGGGCUCCCGGACAGGAGGAGAUGUAACAGGAGGAGGAGGUGUGCGUGGCCGGAGACAGAGGUCCCCAGACUGGCUGUAUGAUUCGUACUAUCGUAUGAGCCAGCAGCACCCACUUAUUGUUUUUCUGCUCCUCAUUGUGAUGGGUGCCUGCCUGGCUCUGUUGGCUGUUUUCUUCGCCUCUGGGCUGGAUAUCGAGGAUCACGUCGCCUUUGUAAUCACUGUCCCCACUGCGCUGGCUAUUUUCCUCACUAUCUUUGUUCUGGUCUGCAUCGAGUCCAUCUUCAAGAAGCUGCUCCAAGUUUUCUCCUUGGUGAUCUGGGCCUGCCUGGUUGCCAUGGGUUACCUCUUUAUGUUUUUUGGAGGAAUCAUCUGUCCCUGGGAUCAGCUGAGCCACCCCAUGUUUGACCUGCAAGUCCAGUGA